AUAUUCACUUUAUAUUAUUGAUAAACAAAAAACACAAGAUGGAUGUGAACCUGCAAGGGAAGUGGGAUAUCUAACUGCAACUAUAGAAAAAUUGAAAGAACAAAUCAAGCAAAAAGAUGAAAUAAUCAAACAAAAAGAUAAUAGACUCGAACAAGCUCGCAAAGAGUUUAAUGAAGAAAUCCGAAGAUUCCAAGAGGAAGUAAAACAACUCAAAGGUGUUAUUGAAGAAAAGGACGGGAGAAUUAUGACGCUCGAAGAUGAACUUACUAGAUUGAAGGCCGAAAGAAAGAUUGAUGAAUUAAAAGAGGGUCACGAUAAAAAAGCAAACACAUUCACUCGACAACAAUAUGAAAACUCUCUGAGUUUGUUAAGAAAACGAUCCGACAUGUAUGAAAAAGCAUUUCUCGACAAGUGUGAGGAAUGCAAUGAUUUGUUGAAGAGGCUUUAA